AUGUUGCAGCGACGGGGCGUCGGUACCACUGUACACCGUUCCAACAUUCUACUGCAGAGUGGUAUACCCUGUCGGCUGAGAUGGGUUUUGCACUAUUCUGACCUGGCCUCGGUGACGACGGGUGCUGACCCUCAUCGCCCUAAAACUUCGCUAGGCAGCAUUCUCACCCGGUCCAGCAAUCGACCAGCCCCACCUCCUAAGCGACCGGUGCAACGACCUUUGGAUAAUGUUCGACCACGCUCAGAUGCGUCACAUCCGCCACCCUCCGUACGACCCAGCCGGAAUGCAAAUGACAGCAAGGGGAUAGAGCUACGUCAAAUACCCUCUCAGCAAUGUGUUCGGCCUGCGGUGGCUGUGGACUCGAAGGAUGAACCCCCGCACAUGCAAAACGCGGUUACAAAGGGCAGUACAAUUCAAUCACCCCAACUCGCAUCUGAGAGAGAGCAUGCUCGUGAAUUUGUGAAAGCCCCACCGGAGAGCAAGGGCGAGAACCUGCCUCAGACCAAUCUCGCUGAAUUUUUCGCACCACGGGUCUACUCAGCUCAAAAAACCAGAGGAAGGGGAGGAGAUUACUCCGGCUAUCUUCCUCCUGCGGUCACCCGCUCACUUGAUAGCCUUGGACCGUUCGAGCGCGCUCUGCUAGCCUUGGGAAGGAACAAGGACGUACCCUACGAGUCAAGACGCCGGGCGAUGGAGAUCAUCAGCCAGAGCAUUCCUAGUCGAGCGAGGAAGGCAUGA